AUGUGCACCCGCUUCAGGUCAAGUGAAGAUGUCAGACUUCACACAACUUGUGGCCGACUGCAACGUGCAGCAGCUGUAUCCUCUUUGCUCUCAGCAUUCGACGUUGCUUUGUUUGCUCGGUCCUGUACCACUUCGGCAGAGCUUGAAGAGUUAGUGAACCACUUUCUGGCAGAAGCCUCAGUCACGGACGCUGCUGAGCGCUUUAUCACCAAAGCUUCUCUUCGCCUUCUCUUUUGCAAGUGCCGAACGUCAGAGGGAAUGGCAUCCCUUGAAGCCGCGCCCACUCCCAUCACACCGCUUGGUGAAGGGCCUCCGGCCGCUACCCCGGCUCCCCCGGCCACACCACCGCUUUCCAGCUCCUGGCAGGAGGCUUGGCCUGCGAAGCUGAGUGGGGAGCGAACGGCGGCGCUUAGGAAAAGGUUCGAGGAGGACUACCCCACUGAACUUCUUGAUGCCGAGAGCUUUCCAAGCGCCCGCUUAUUGGCCCUCACCAAUAAGAUGCUUUCUGACAAGGAGGUGCGAUGGAUUCCUUGGAAGUAUCGCUUAAGCGCCCGUGCUCAAGAAGACAGUCUCCUCGUUCGGCCUAGGAAACAGGCCCGCUUUGACCUCACAGAGCUUUUUCUGGACGAGGCGCCUACACGUGACAUACAUGAAGGCCCCGCUUCAUUUGGCCUUGUCACUCAGCUUCUGUCACUAGCGGCCAACGCCAUUGCGCUUUGCCAAGGUGCACACCUGGGCUCUCUGAAGCUUUAUAAUAAACGCUUCAUGAGGAUCUGCUUCACCAAGUACGAGGCCGCCGCCAGCCUACGAGGUCCCACUACCAUGGAAGCUCAGGCCGCUGACCGCCGCUGUUGGGAAAUCAUCGCCGACUUAGUCAACGUGCACCACUGGAAGUUGGACGAUGCGCUUCACGAAGUGGCUGAGGUGCGCUCCGAUAUGCACAGCCUGCUUGCACCGAGGCCCUUUAUCCCCAAGCCCAAGUUCGACCUGGACAACAGUUGGAAGGCCCGCUUCACAGGCAACGGUCGAGGUGGCAAGGGCGGUGGCCGCGGCGGCAAAGGCCGUGAGGGCAAAGGCGAGAAGGGUGACCGCUUUGAGAGAGGGGGCAAAGGCGGCAAAGGAAAAGACAACAAGCAAGUACCAGAGUGGGCAGUGCAAGGACCCGGCGACAUGCCGCUACUUGCACAGAUGCGCAGUGCCCAAGAAACCCACUUCAGCGAGCAGCGGGACAUCGCUGAGGAGGUCACAACGGUCCCGCUUAGUGUGCCGGCACAACCGUCAGGCUCCGCAGGGGCCACUUCGGCACUGCCCAAGGCACGUGCCCCGGUCUCCGAUGCAGCAUCUGCACUCAGUGAAGGCUCUCUCGACUUCGCUACUUGCUUGGAGCUUCUAGCGCAGUACUUUUCCAUUCCCUUCGCUUCUUCUUCUCACUGCCCCGACAACGCCAUUGCAGCCUCUGAAGCAUAUUUCAAUUUGGGGGCUUUCGCUUUUGACAAUGGCGCAAGGCGCACAAUGCUGUUGGAGCUGGUACAGGUGAGGAGACCGGUGGGUAUUGACUGCCUAUACUUGCAAGAGCUUGGUAACCCUCAGUCAAUACCGCCCCCGCUCAAGGACACGACAUGUGUGGAGCUUUUCCUGGACAUAUGCUGUGGGGAGCAACUGGACCUGCUCAACGACGACACCUACGACCACCUGCUUCGACUGUGUUUUGCUGGGAUUGUCCGCUUGGCUCACGGAUCGCCGCCCUGCAAGGAGUACUCCCGCUUGAAGCUUCGUCCAGGUGGACCUCCGGCUAUUCGAUCUCCGGAUCAUCUGAACGGCCUACCAGGCGCACAUGUGUCACUGGAACAGCCCACCAACGCUAUGUCCUGGCUGGAGCCUUUCGUUCAGGCACAUGUUCGCAUGAAGGAGGCCACCAGUCCGUCGCAGGAAGAAACGGAGUGGCUUCGCUCGUCUUUCAAGCGCUUUUCGGAUGCACACUCCCCGUGCCAGGACUGGAACUUCUCAGUGAAAGAAGGCCAGCCUUACUGCUUGUCUGCACUGGAGCGCUUGAGCACCAUGCUGGGUGACAAGGACACUUCCCUUUUCCCCGCUUUACAGAAGGGCGUCCCUACGGGGUUCGACGGCGAUAUCCCUCGCAGCCACACACUCCGACCUCGCGACCCCGACAACUCAGACGAACCCACCGACCUGCUUGUCUGUGAGGGCAACUGGCAGCGGGCUGAGGCAGAUCCAGCAUUGCUUCAGGAGUUGAUCGAGGAGGAAGUUUCCGCCGGCUACAUAGAGGAAGUUCCCAGCUUAGAGGCCGCUUACGAAAGGUGGGGCAAAGAACGUGUUGCGGUGGGCCGUGUGAACAUUGUCAAGGCCCCCGGUCGCUCUGCCCGCUUGGUUAUAGACAACAGCAUCUGCAACACGAACCAGAACUGCCAUGUGCCUGAACAGUUUUCUCUGCCCAGUCUUCAGGACAUACAGGCCGCUUACCCUCCGAGGGAGGACGAGGAGCCGGUUUCUGGUUUCAGCUUAGAUGUGAAGGGAGUGCACAAAACAUCACUUGUGCGCGAACAAGACAGAGGCCUGCUUGGACUGAGACAACAAGAACGCCUCUUUUUCUACCACGUCUGUCCCUUCGGGGCCACUUUUUCGAGCCACUGGUUUGCCCGCUUAGGGGGCUUUUUUGUGCGCUGCCUUCACCUACUUAUCUGGCUGUCACACGUCCUCAUGCUGUACGUAGAUGAUUUGCUUCUUUGGCAAAACUCUCGUGCACUUCCGCUUAGCGCUUCCUUGGUUUUGGCAUUCUGCGCCUGCUUCAAUAUACCGCUUAGUUGGCGGAAAUUACAGAUGGGCCCGUCUAUAACCUGGAUAGGUUGGCAGAUCGACUUCAAGGCUGGCUGUUACACUUUACCGGAGCUCAAACGCUUGAAGCUGCUUGGCCAGGUGGAGGAGUGUCUUCGGCAUCGACUUGUCAGUCGCAAACAGCUUGACAAACUCCUAGGUCUGCUUCAGUGGAUUCUGCAUGGUCUUCCUGCUUUACGACCCUGGCUAUGCACUCUGUAUGAUGACAUGCAUAGACCACUUGGCACCAAUGUCAGCAUCAGCCCAGUUGUUUGGCCAGGCAUCCACUCUUACCUGGACGACAAGCUCCGCUUCACAGGUAGCCCCCCGGGCACGGGCAUUUCACCUGGCUCAACUCUGCUUUCCGCUCGGCAUAAGCUCCUUAAAAGCAAGGAAGACCUAGCUUUAGUACCCGUAAGCACAAAGCGCAUGUGGCUCCGAGUCACGGACCCCACUUCCUCCAAGCGGCGCUUGUCUGAGUCCAGCAGAGAAACCCUUGCCUUCUUUGCCCACUUGAGCUCCAGGGACUGGCGGCCCAGGCCACUCCGACCACCACCUACCAGUUCGGUGGAGUCGGCCGCAGACGCUUUCGGCAAGGGCAAUGAUUGCGGCGUGGGAGGAUGGCUCCUCCUCCCCAGUGGACGCCUGCUUUGGUUCGCUCACCGCUACACGGUCAAAGACUUCCUGGACUUAGGUCUGCCCAUGCAAGCAGAUGCCAACUUGGACAUCUCCAGCUACGAGACACUUGCACAGUGCUUUGUGCUUUUGGCUUUUUGGAAAGCCCAUGUUUCCGGUCGCUUGGCUUUGACAUUACCAGCUUUGAGCGAUAACAGUGGUGCAGAGUCAGUGUGUAAUAAGCUUUACACGUCUAAAGUACCACUUAAUCUUUUUGUUCGCAAGCUUUCGAUGUGGAGCUCGAUUACCGGUGUCACUUUGGACUGCAGCCAUAUAGCCGGCGAGAAGAACGAUGAUGCAGACCUGCUUUCUCGGUGGGAUGGCUCAGCAGACCUCCCUGCCAAGUUUCUGGCUUCAAACCGCAUCGAGCUCUCGCUUUCUGAGUUCUGGCAGAUCCGCUUUCAAGUGACGCUUUUUCCCGCUGACACAUUUUUAAAAUGGCAGCUUCCGUCAGCUGACAGCUUGGGCCCGACAAACCGCGGUUCAAGGAAGCGCAAAUAG